AUGGAACAAACUAUUCAUGAUGCAUUAUAUAUGUCAUGUGAUCAUUGGAAUAAUUUACCAUCACCAAUAGAUAUAAUUAGUUAUUUAGAUUGUGUUAUGAUUGGUAAUAAUGAUCAAUUUUAUUUAUUUAUAUAUGAACCAAGAUUUCAAGAAUUUUCAUUACCACCAGUUGAUUGUAUUGAUGCAGAUUUUUUAGCAUGGAUUAAUAAUGAUAGUGAAUUAUUAGGUUUAGAAUUAGGAUUUCGUAUGAAAACAAUACCACCAUUUUUAUUUCGUUAUUAUCAACGUAUAAUGCAAUUAACACAAUAUAUAUGUAUUGAUGGAAGAAGUUUAAUAAAUAAUUCUAUACCAUUUGAAGAUACUGAACGUUUUGCUAGUAAUAAAUUAACACAAGUUGUAUUUCGUUCAUCAACUGGAUUAAAAAGAGAACGUUUACCACCAAAACCACUUGAUAUUCAUCAUACAAUAGAAUUUCAAAGUGAUGAAGAAGUUCAACCAUGUCCAUUUAUUGUACAACAUAAACCAGCUAAUAUAACAUCAAAUGUAGAUUGUCAAUUUUCACCAAGUGGUUUACCAACUACAUCGGAUAAAGUUAGCUCACAGCAAGCAUUAGAACGUUGCCCAUUUCGUCGACUAACAAUAAAUACAUUACAGACAAGACGAAGAAAGACCAAUAAUCCAAUAGAAGAAGAAAUAUAUUUACCACCUCCUGUAUUAUCAGCAUGUUUAUUAAUUGUCGUACUAUUAUUAACCAUUGGUAUAAUUAUUGCAUUCUGUAUAAUUAAUCAUGAAAAAUUAAUGUUAUGUAAAUCACGUAGUAGGAAACGACGUGAACGAGAAGCUGCACUUGCACAAGAGAUGGAUGAAAAAGCUGCUAAAGAAGCUGCAGCUGCCGCUGCCGCAGCAGAAGCUGAACAACAACAACAACAAGCAUCAACAAUACGACAUCCUAUUUAUGCUAGAUAUGGUAUGAUACCACCGAAUAUGGGUGGUGCAUUCGGUGCAUUUGCUCCAACAUAUCAAACAAUGACAGUUAACAUGAAUAUGCCUAGUAAUGUGGUAAGACAAAAUCAUGGAUUUAAUGGACCAAUGUAAAAUAAACGGGAAUUAACAUUAAAACUAUUUAGCAGUCUAAACUCAUUUAUUGUAAAACAUAAAAUAUACCUGAAAUAAUUUAGUUUGUAUGUGGAUAAUGAUGUCAAUAGUUCAUUAUUCAAUGAAUAUAAUUUUCUCCCUGA